CCCGCGCGAUUAGCCAGUGACGUCAGUGGGGGUGGCAAGUGGAAUCACGUGACAGCACUUGGACGUUGGAGGUCCAUUUCCUACAAGCCGCAGCGAGACAUUAUAAAGUGGAGCGGUGCGACUGCUGCUUGUUUACAGCGCGGAUCCCACGGUGUGCGGCGGGGAGUUCACAGCGCUCACAGCCGUCGACCAGCAGCAAAACACAACCAGAGCCUCCAGCCCUCCACAACAGACCGCCUUGGAUCAUCACACGGCGAGUAUACCUCAGCUUUAAUACAUUUCGCCAUCGUCCAUCCACGUUUUCCCUGUGAAACGAAGACGCAAUUCGCCAGUGCGUGCAGGAACUAAAAAGGACCGAAGACGUCGGGUAGGCUGCUGGUGCUGAACACGUUAUCCAGGACCUGACUGCGACGGGCAGAUAUUGGAGAUUAACUGUGUGUGUCGGUGUGUGUUUCCGAUGAGGAGGUUGUUUUCCCGUUCCUUCAUGUGUUCCACGCACUACGGACCGUAGUCUGGCGAUAUCCAGACCUAUUUACCCCGGUUUUUUUUUUAAUCGGUUGCCCGCUAUUUUCAGGCUCUGCGAGGCUGGCAUUUCAAGAAAUGGAGUCGGAGGAUGCGGUUGAUCGCAAAGGGAUUCGUGAUGCGAUUUUUUCGGCACCGUUUUUCGGUACCACGUCGUUCUGCCGCUAGCACACGAACACGCCACGACUAUGCCGAUUAAAACAAGAUUUAUCGCCCGAAGGAUAAAUCGGUGAUUUUCGCCGCGGAUCGACGGAGCCUGCCGCUCUCUCUCCCCCAAGACAUUCCACAGCAGCAGCACGAGACGAACACUGGGAGCUCGUGCGUGAGAGCCAGUUGAGCUAAGCUAAGCUAGCCCUGCUCCCCCCCGUCCAUAAGACCCGCUAGAUCCACCGGGUCGCUGCUGAAGAACGACUCGUGUGUGUGCGUGUCUCUGCGCCCCCUCAUCACAUAGUAGCUAUCCCGUGUGUACACACGCCUACGGCCCCGGUGAGGAGGAUGAGUCGGCCGGGGACCAGGAGGUGCCUCACGGAGGGAGAUCCGUUGACCUUGUUCUGCUGGCUCCUGCUGAUCCUGGGUCUGUCCACGCGCUGCAUUCGGCCCGCCAAUGGAGAAAUCUGUGGCCCCAGCAUCGACAUCGGCAACGACAUCAGCGAGUUCCACCGGCUGGAGAACUGCACGGUGGUGGAGGGCUACCUGCAGAUCCUGCUCAUCGGCGACAAGAACAGCAACGUCGCCAACCAGGAGCUGUUCCGCUCGCUCAGCUUCCCCAAGCUCACCAUGAUCACGGACUACCUGCUGAUGUUCCGCGUCUCGGGCCUGGUCAGCCUCAGCACCCUGUUCCCCAACCUCAGCGUGAUCCGCGGCCGCAACCUCUUCUACAACUACGCCCUGGUGAUCUUCGAGAUGACCAGCCUGAAGGACGUCGGCCUGUACAGCCUGAAGAACAUCACGCGCGGGGCCAUCCGCAUCGAGAAGAACCCCGAGCUGUGCUACCUGGACUCUGUGGACUGGUCGCUCAUCAUGGACGCCGAGUUCAACAACUUCAUCGCCAGGAACAAGCAGGCGAAGGAGUGCAGCGACGUGUGCCCAGGUAUCAUGGAAAACCGCCCGCAAUGCGGCCGCACCAUGUUCAACCACAACUACAGCUACCGCUGCUGGAGCUCCAGGCACUGCCAGAAAGAAUGCCCUGAGGCGUGCGCACGGCGGGCGUGCACCGCGGCUGGGGAGUGCUGCCACCCGCAGUGCCUGGGCGGCUGCACGGCGGCAGCGGACGCCACGGCCUGCGCGGCGUGCGUGCUCUACCACCACGGGGGACGCUGCGUCCCCGACUGCCCCGCCGGCACCUACCGCUUCGAGGGCUGGCGCUGCAUCUCGGCCGAGCUCUGCUCCCGGGUGCACCUGCCCUACUUCGACCGCUUCGUCAUCCACGCCGGGGAGUGCAUGUCCGAGUGCCCCUCGGGGUUCACUCGCUCCACCAUCGACAGCAUGCGGUGUUCGGCCUGCGAUGGCCUGUGUGAUAAGUACUGCGAGGAGAAGGUCAUCGACUCGGUCGACGCGGCGCAGUCGCUGAAAGGCUGCACCGUUAUCAGAGGCAACCUGCACAUCAACAUCCGCAGAGGACACAACAUGGUGUCUGAGCUGGAGAGCUUCAUGGGUCUGAUCCAGAGAGUGACGGGCUACGUGCUGAUCAGACACUCUCACACCCUCAGCUCCCUGUCCUUCCUCAAGAACCUCCGCUACAUCGACGGAGAGGAGCUCCUGGACGAUUCGUACGCCUUCGCUGCGUUCGACAACCAGCAGCUGCAGUACCUGUGGGACUGGAAACAGCACAAUCUGACCAUCCGCAACGGCAGCCUCCUCUUCCAGGGCAACCCGCGGCUCUGCAUGUCGGAGAUCCACGCAAUGUGGAACAAGACGGGGGUGCGCAGCCACUUUGAGGAGAAGGACUUCCGCAACAACGGCGACAGAGCCAGCUGUGAAAGCACCGUGCUGCAGUUUAAGUCCAACAGCACCAGAAGUACCAGGAUCAAACUGACCUGGCUGCGCUACCGCCCACCCGACUACAGAGACCUCAUCAGCUUUGUCGUCUACUACAAGGAAGCACCCUUCCAGAACAUCAGUGCGUUUGAAGGCCAGGAGGGCUGUGGCUCCAACAGCUGGAACAUGGUGGACGUGGAGCUCCACGAGGACCGCGAAGUGGACCCGGGCGUGCUGCUGUCCAACCUGAAGCCCUGGACCCAGUACGCCGUGUUCGUGAAGGCCAUCACCCUCAUGGUGGAGGACAAGCACACGCCUGGGGCCAAGAGCAAGGUGGUGUACAUCCACACGAGCCCUGCAGCGCCCUCCAUGCCUCUGGAUGUGCGAGCCUACUCCAACUCCUCCACCCAGCUGGUGGUGCGCUGGUCCCCCCCCCUCUCCCCCAACGGGAACCACACCUACUACCUGCUGCUAUGGCAACAGCAGAACGAGGACCGGGAGCUCUACAAGCACAACUACUGCUCUAAGGAACUGAAGGUGCCCAUCAGGAUCGCCGCUAAGGGGGUGGGGGACCAGGAGGAGGACUCCAAGCCCACCAAGCAGGACCAGGAGGGGGGGGACCCGGGAUCCUGCUGCCCCUGCCCCAAGUCGGCGGAGGACCUGGAGGCCGAGGCCGCCGACGCCUCCUACCGCAAAGUGUUUGAGAACUUCCUGCACAACUCCAUCUUCACACCACGCCCCCCAGACCGUCGCCGUAGGGACGUGGUCGCCGGGGCCCCCAACGCCACGGUGUCGCGCGGCACAGAGCGGCUGUACGCCAACAGCUCGGUGGCCCCGCCCCUCCGCGCCGGCAGGCUGAACAGCAGUGGGCCGGCGCCGCUGGUCCCGCCCCUGCAGCAGUUCGACUUCAUGGAGCAGGAGGUGGGGGAGCGCGAGCUGCAGAUCUCGGGCCUGCAGCCCUUCACCGUGUACCGCAUCGACGUGCACGCAUGCAACCGCCAGGUGCGCCACUGCAGCGCCGCCGAGUGGGUCUUCUCCAGGACCAAGCCCGCAGAGAGAGCUGACGACAUCCCAGGACAGGUGACCUGGGAGGGCCACGAGGACUGGGUCUCCCUGCACUGGCCAGAACCCCCCCGGCCCAAUGGACUCAUCCUCAUGUACGAGAUCAAGUACCGCCUGGCCUCCGAGUCGGAGAAGCACGAGUGUGUGUCCCGUCAGAUGUACCAGGAGCAACGCGGGGCCCGUCUGUCCAACCUGACCCCGGGGAACUACUCGGCCCUGGUGAGGGCCACCUCCCUGGCCGGGAAUGGCUCCUGGACCCCGCCCGUGAGCUUCUACGUGGCAGAACGAUAUGAGAGCGUCGUCUACAUCCUGAUCUUCAUCUUCAUCAUCAUCCUCCUGAUCUGCAUCGCCAUCCCCCUGCUCUUCAUCUUCAACAAGAAGAGGAACAGCGAUCGGCUGGGUAAUGGAGUCCUCUAUGCGUCGGUCAACCCAGAGUACUUCAGCGCAGCAGAGAUGUAUGUUCCUGACGAGUGGGAGGUUGCCCGGGAGAAGAUCAAGCUGGCACGGGAGCUGGGCCAGGGCUCGUUCGGCAUGGUGUACGAGGGUCUGGCCAAGGGCGUGGUCAAGGACGAGGCGGAGACGCGCGUGGCGGUGAAGACGGUCAACGAGUCGGCCAGCAUGCGGGAGCGCAUCGAGUUCCUCAACGAAGCCUCCGUCAUGAAGGAGUUCAACUGUCACCAUGUGGUGCGUCUGCUGGGCGUGGUCUCCCAGGGCCAGCCCACCCUGGUCAUCAUGGAGCUGAUGACCCGAGGAGACUUGAAGAGCUACCUGCGCUCCCUGCGGCCUAAAGAGACGGAGACCCUCUGCCUCCCUCCUCUGAAAAAGAUGAUCCAGAUGGCCGGAGAGAUCGCCGAUGGCAUGGCCUACCUCCACGCCAACAAGUUCGUCCACAGAGACCUUGCCGCCAGGAACUGCAUGGUGACCAACGACUUCACAGUCAAGAUCGGAGACUUUGGCAUGACCAGGGACAUCUAUGAGACCGAUUAUUACCGUAAGGGAGGUAAAGGACUGCUGCCUGUCCGCUGGAUGUCCCCAGAGUCCCUGAAAGACGGAGUCUUCACCACCAACUCAGACGUCUGGUCGUUUGGCGUGGUGAUGUGGGAGGUGGUGACCCUGGCGGAGCAGCCCUACCAGGGGAUGUCCAACGAACAGGUCCUCCGCUUCGUCAUGGACGGGGGAGUCCUGGAGAAACCAGAGCACUGUCCUCACCUGAUAUUCGAGCUCAUGCGUCUCUGCUGGCAGUUCAACCCCAAGAUGCGCCCGUCCUUCCCAGAGAUCAUCGGCAGCGUGGAGGAGGAGCUGCAGCCCUCCUUCAGGGACCUCAGCUUCUUCUACAACCAGGCCACCCACACAGACACGCCCCCCACCCCCGCCCCCUCGCUGGCCCAGAGCCCCCAGACGCCUGGCUCCGCCCCCUCCACGCCGGCCCCGCCCGCCUCUACCGCGGACAUACAGCCGGCGGCCAACGGGGAGACGGGGGCGGGACUCAGGCUGCCGUCGCCCGAGGAGUUGCCGUCGUACGCCCACAUGAACGGACGCAAGAACAACUGUUGACUGAACCCCCAAACCCCCCCACCCCUCACAGACAUAAACACUUCCUCCGCUCGGAGGGAGGAGAGUUUCUUUCUCUCGUUCUCAGAGAGUCUUAUGAUGCUGAGCUACGGGGGCAUGUCUUCAGUCAGACCCUCCAGUAGAGGCUGUGAAACACAGAUGGUAGUUCUGCCUUAUUGUUGCCAAAAUGUAUCCUCCAUGUUUUUUGGGGGCGGGGGUGUGUGUCUGACCCCCGUCGUCCGGUUCGACCCCGAUUCUCCGCCGUCACCGUAGAGACCGGGCUUCAGAGCUUGACGAGCUAUGAACCAUUACGAGCGCUCGACCCGGACAGGGCGUCCACCAUGAAGAAACACUCCACAAAUCGAUCCACCAUGGGAGAGGUCCGAACCGCGAACCCUCUGACAUGACCAGAUCCGUGUCACCACUCCACCCCUACAGAGCGUCUGAGCCCAGAGAACCGUCUACAGUGCAGAGUUCAGCACUCCAGAGAAGCACUCCACUCCCUGUGGAUCUACAGCCAGAUCACCACUACUCUACUUCCUGCCUUUACCUGGGGUUUCGUGUCUACAAAACCUGCUGCUAUCUCCUCCCCCUUUCUUCCCGUUUUUUGGUUUCCGGUCUCAACUCGAACCUAAAGCCGAGCGUUUCGGCCGCGUGGGACCUGGGCUUGUCGGAGAGCGAUGUCGUCUGUGAGGUGGCGCCCCUUCAUGUGAAGGCUGUGUCUUCGUCCUCCCAUAAGCCUGACUGGCAAUUAUCCUCCUCGUCAUCGUCAACCUCCUUAAGGCCGUGGUCCAGAAGUGAGGUUCGGAGGGGGGGGGGGGGGGGAGGAAUCGGCUCCCGUGCUCCCCCCCCCCCCCCCUCCCCCCCCAUCUCCAUGGAGAGACCACUGGAAGCCCCUCCCACUCCAUCCUGGCCCCGCCCAGAGGGCCACCAGGGAAUCAUUUAAACGCUCCGUUCACUACAAAACUUUUCGAGCUCGGAGGCUCAAUCUUUUUUUUUUCUCUUCCCGACCGGAAUAUUUAUUUUCCUUUUUUUUAUGUAUUUUAUUUUAUUUUCAGAAUGUGUAAAAUCACUGUACAUGUAAAUUACCUGCUAGUCUCUCCCACUCCUCUUCUUUGAUUUUGUGCUCUUGCUGCCGUUUGUCAGCAUCCAUCUACCUCACUGUUUAGUUGUCAGAAAUGGAUGUCUACACUCCUCACAUAAACACAUACUCCCGGACGCAGUAACCCGGUCUGGCCAGCAGGGGGCAGCAUUGCGGACGGGAGCCGCCUGCAGGCUGUUGCAGGGUGGAAGGUUACCAUUGGGUUUUCGGUCGCAAGGGGUCGGCCGUGCUGAAGUGCCCGCGGUCCAGCAAGGGUCAGUUGCUCCUACCGACCUGUCCAGAGUCCAUGAGAGGGUAUGGAGGGAAGUACGGUACAGCAGAUGUUUUAAAGGAUUGUGAGAUACGGGAAGGAGAGCUCCAAUUUCCCUGGGAAAACAAGACACAUUUCUUUGUUUUUGUUUUUGCAAUUUAGGAAAUCUUUAAAGGAAAACGAAUUAAGUUUUCUGUUUUUUUGUUUAAAAAAAAUCCUGAUUAGAAAAAUUAAAAAAAUCCCUGUUCUGUACAGAUGUUUUUACGUUUUUUUAUAUAAAUAUAUAUGAUGAAAGCAUAAAUAUAUCUUCUGUGGUUGAAAAGGAUCAGUUUGAGGAUGCAGAGUUUGAUUUGUCAUUUUUGUGUGUGUGUGUGUGUGUGUGUGUGUGUGUGUGUGUGUGUGUGUGUGUGUGUGUGUGUGUGUGUGUGUGUGUGUGUGUGUGUGUGUGUGUGUGUGUGUGUGUGUCUCUUAAUGGCAGCCUGUUUAAGACGUGGACCAGUACAAAAUGUGUUUUCUCGGACUGUCUACCAUCUGACAACAUGUGUGCGUCACAGCCAAUUCGAUCCUGGCGGGAUGGUGUUUUCUUUUUUAACAAUCGGUUGGACUGAUUGGCUGUACAGAAUGAUGUUCAAAUUAGUUGGCUGUCGACCAGACAACUCAGCUGGCCAUGUCUGAUUGGUUGCUGUGAAACGCACACAUAUAUACACACACACACACACAUGGGUGUGUGUUGGCCGUGUUCAGGUCGAGUCAGUUCGGACCUGUUAUCAACUUGAAUUGUUGAAUUGAACUGAUUGUUGUUGGGUUUAUGUUUUGUUAUUAAUGACAGUAAUUUUGUAUGCGCAACCUGUGACUAAGCAGUAAAAGAAUAAUAUAUAUUUUUUGUUUUUCCGUUUUGUACGUUUCUUUUGAAAUAAGGUUGUAUUGUCUACGGGCUGCUGUGAGUUCUGGGAAUUAUGGAGCAGCUGUUGGUUUAUUGCUGUCUUUUUUUCUAAGAGUUUACCACAUGACUUAAGGUGAAUAAAAAACGUAUGCAAAA